AUGGAAGCCAAAAUUGCCGAGCAUCGCGCUGCGAACGCUGCGAUCAUCGAAAUGAACGAGCAGCGAGAAGCCCGAGAGGCUGCCAAUCUACGAGAUAUUGAAGAACGCGAACGACUCGACCGGCAGCAACGGGCCGAAGAAGCUCGUCGGGCGGAGGAGGAAGAGGAGCGUGAACGGGAGCGAAAUAAACUGGAACUUAUCAACCAAUUGGAAUCCAGCAACGCGCCCGCGUCACGGGUAUUGGCUAAAGCAAAGGCUCAACAGCGUCAACGUGAAACAAUGCGCAAUGUUGGCUCGGCUGUGCCCUCGUCGUCGGCUUUGUUGCGGGCAAAGGCGGCCGCACGUGCCGAGGCUGCCGUGGACGUUCCUCACGUUCCGAUUACAGAUCAUUGGUCCGCUGAGACCCACCGUUUCACUUUGAAAGAAUCAUACGACGACGCAUUGUCGAUUGGCGUUCGGGCUGAUCCCCGCGGUGUGAUGCGCGCCGGCGGAUAUAUGAUUGAACAGGCAUGGAGCAGGGCUCUAAGCUGUGGGGUAAUGGGCCUCGAUAUUCCUCCCUUACGAGGGGAAGGUCCUACACCGACCCUGCCGCAUAUCAACGAUGGGGAGGCCAUCCUGGCUACGUAA